CUGAAAUGCUUCUUUCUGGGUGAUUCAGAUCACUGCAGAGAAGCUACUUCGUACCUGCCGGUGAGCUGCCUUAUGAGAUGAGGAUGAGUUGGUACUGCCAUUUCCCAGUUCAGCUAGUUUUGUUAUCUUGAGAGAUGAUACCUAAUGAGAUCUUGGACUUUCUUUGUUAUUGUUUUGACGAGAGUGUGAUGAUAAUGGAAUGUUUUGUUUGUUUUGGGUAAAAAUUUUAGAGUAUAGUAAGAAGUUCUAGAAAUUAUCAAAGUUCGUAGCUACACUCACUUGGAUUUUAAGCAUUAUACCAUUUGAAUGUUUUUAGUAGGAAAAAUUACUGUUACUAAAUAGAAAUAGUUGGUGUGGGUAGCUUGAAGUUCAGAAUGUGUAAGAGAACUAUUGAGGCAGAAACUCGAGAGGUUAACGCCCAUGGACUUACGUGUACCCUCCACUGUCACUAGAGAGACGGCUGGUGGGAUGUGGGAGUGUAGAGUGUGGCCGUGCUGUCUGUUAUCGGAACAGCCCAUUAAGCUUGGCAAGUCUGCACCAUCACUAGUCAUCAGGGAGACGUAAAUCAGAACCUCACACCUGUCGGAAUGGCAAUCAUCAAAAAGUCCACAGAUAGGGACUUCCCUGGUGGUCCAGUGGUAAAGCAGCCGCCUUCCAAUGCAGGGGACACGCGUUCAAUCUCUUGUCAGGGAACUAAGAUCUCAGAUGCCACGGGGCAACUAAGUCCGCAUGCCACAACUACUGAGCUCCUUCACCUCAACUAGAGAGCCCGCUUGCCACAGACUACAGAGCCCAUGUUCCCUGGAGCCUGCGUGCCACAACUAGAGAAGAGAAAACCUGCGUGCCACAAUGAUGAGCCCGCGUGCUGCAGUGAAAGAUCCCACAUGCCACAACUAAGACUUGAGGCAGCCAAAAAAAUAAAAGAAGAAAAAGAGAAAAGUCCACAAAUAACACAUGUUGAUAGGGAUGUGGAAAAAAGGAAAUCCUCGUUCACUGUUGGUGGAAAUGUAAAUUGGUGCAGCCACUGUGGAAAAUAGCAUGGAGGUUCCUCAAAAAACCAGAGAGCUACCAUACGACCCAGCGAUUCCACUCCUGGGGCAAAUGACUCAGCUUUGUGAACUGAUCAACAAGAGUGGGGAACUCCUUGCGAAGAACUUGUCCCACCUGGACACCGUGCUGGGGGCUCUGGACGUCCAGGAGCACUCCUUGGGCGUCCUCGCUGUUUUGUUUGUGAAGUUUUCUAUGCCCAGUGUUCCUGACUUUGAGACGCUGUUCUCUCAGGUUCAGCUCUUCAUCAGCACUUGUAACGGGGAGCACAUUCGCUAUGCAACUGACACCUUUGCUGGGCUUUGCCAUCAGCUAACAAAUGCACUUGUGGAAAGAAAGCAGCCCCUGCGUGGAAUUGGUGUCCUCAAGCAGGCCAUUGACAAGAUGCAGAUGAACACAAACCAGCUGACCUCCGUCCACGCUGACCUCUGCCAGCUGUGUCUGCUGGCGAAGUGCUUUAAGCCUGCGCUCCCGUACCUGGACGUGGACAUGGUGGACAUCUGCAAAGAGAACGGCGCCUACGAUGCCAAGCACUUCCUGUGCUAUUACUACUACGGCGGGAUGGUCUACACUGGGCUGAAGAACUUCGAGCGGGCUCUCUACUUCUACGAGCAGGCCAUUACCACCCCUGCCAUGGCGGUCAGUCACAUCAUGUUGGAGUCGUAUAAAAAGUACAUCCUAGUGUCUUUGAUACUACUCGGCAAGGUACAGCAGCUACCGAAAUACACCUCCCAGAUUGUGGGUAGAUUCAUUAAGCCUCUUAGCAACGCGUAUCACGAGCUCGCGCAAGUUUAUUCCACCAACAACCCCUCGGAGCUGCGCGGCCUGGUGACCAAGCACAGCGAGACCUUCACGCGCGACAACAACAUGGGGCUGGUGAAGCAGUGCUUGUCCUCGCUGUACAAGAAGAACAUCCAGAGGCUCACCAAGACCUUUUUAACACUGUCGUUACAAGAUAUGGCAAGUCGUGUGCAGUUGUCUGGACCUCAGGAGGCAGAAAAGUAUGUCCUGCACAUGAUAGAAGAUGGUGAAAUUUUUGCAAGUAUUAAUCAGAAGGAUGGGAUGGUCAGUUUCCACGAUAACCCUGAAAAAUACAACAACCCCGCCAUGCUCCACAGCAUCGACCAGGAGAUGCUGAAGUGCAUAGAGCUGGACGAGCGGCUGAAGGCCAUGGACCAGGAGAUCACAGUGAACCCCCAGUUCGUGCAGAAGAGCAUGGGGUCCCAGGAAGACGAUUCGGGAAACAAGCCGUCUAGUUACUCCUGAGGCCGGCGCCCACCUGCGUUAGAGCGAAGCCGUCGCAUGGCCGGGCAGGUGUCGGGAGAGCGGCAGCGAGGACCCGGCCUGUCUCCCCUGGACGUUAAGACAGUGCAUUUUGUUUUGACGUCUUUGGUCCUAUGUGCUUUCAGAAAACCAUUCUCUCUGCAAAGAAAGGAAACCAUUUUCAAACUUUAAAGCCUGUUGUGGGAUUUAUUCUCAGAUCAAUGUUGUUACUGCAUUAAAUCUGCCUUUUGUGUUAAAUUA